AUGAGGGGGGUAGGUGGUUGGGGGGUGGGGUUGGGUUUGGGGUUUUGGGGGGUGGUGUUGUGUUUGGGGGGGGGUGGGGGGGGGGGGUGUUUUGGGGGUGGGGGGGGGGGGGGUGGUGGGGUGGGGGGUGGGGGGGGGGGAUGUAAGGGGAUUUUUGUUGGUGGUUUUUGGGUGGGUUGGGUGGUUGAGGGGGUUUUUUGGGGGGGGUUUGGUGUUUUGAUGUUGGUGUGUUUGGAUGUUGUAUGUUGGGUUUGGGGGGGGUGGUGGUUUGUGUGGUGUUUUAUUUGUGGGGUGGGGUGUUGUUGUUUGUGGGGGUUUUGGUGGGUGGGUGUGGUGUGGGGGUGGGGGUGUGGGGGUGAAGGUUUGUGGGUUUGUUUGGUUGGGUGGUGGUGGGUGGUUGUUUGUUUUGGUUGGGGGUGUGGUGGUGUUGGGUGGGGGGUGGUGGGGUUUUUUGGUUGUGGUGUUGGUUUGGAUUAUUUUUUAUGGGGUAUGUGUUUGGGGGGGGGGUUGUUUUGGGUUUGUGGGGAGGGUUUGGUGGUGGUUUGGGUGUUGGGGUUGUGUUUUUGUGGGGGGGGGUGGGGGUUGUUGGGUUGGGGUUGGGGGUUUUGUGGGGGGGUUUUGGGGGUUGUUGUGGGGGGUUGGGGGUGUUUUUGGGGGUUGGUUGGUGUGGGGGGUAGGUUUUUUUUUGGGUUGGGUUUGGUGGGGUUGGAGGGGGGUGGUGUUUGGGAUGGGGUGGUUGGGGGGGGGUGGUAUUUGGGGGGGGGUUUGUGUUUUGUGGGUUGGGGGUUAGUUGGGGGUUUUUUGAAUUUAUGGGGUGGUGGUGUAUGGUGUAUGGGGGGUGGUUAUGGGAGUUUUUUAUGGGGGUUUGGUGAAUGGAAUUAUGUGGAUGAUAUGGGAUGUGUUAUGGGUUUGGGUUGGUAG